AUGACUGAUCACAAAGUCUUCGAAAGGAUGUACACAGACGCAGGUGCAGCCAUAGAUAUCCCUGCACGUGAAGAAAUUACAACCACGUUAAUGGCGAUCGGUGAUGAAGUGAUCAAUGAUUAUCAAGACGCCGCUCGUACAAAGGGUCCUAUCGAUUCUGCAGUUAGAGAAGUCAAAGCAAACGCUGCCGCAAUUAAAAAAGAAGAAGCACCUACUGAUCACGAAAUUUUUGACGUAGAAAGGACGUACACAGACGCAGGUGCAGUCAUAGAUAUGCCUGCACGUGAAGAAAUUACAACCACGUUAAUGGCGAUCGGUGAUGAAGUAAUCAAUGGUUAUCAAGGCGUCGCUCGUACAAAAGGUAUUAUCGAUUCUGUAGUUAGAGCAACGUACAGUUCAACGAUGACCGAAUACGAGGACAAUAGAAAUCAAAAAUCAAUGCAACCGAAAACGGAAAACGGCAAAGAUUCGAUUCUCAAUCAACCGCCGAAAGAGAACAUACCGGCAGUGCAACCAUUAAUUUGGCGCAAUAUCAUUAUUAUUGCUGCUCUUCACGUUGUGUCGAUCUAUUUGUUCAUCACGCGAUAUACUGAAGCGAAAUUUUGGACUUGGAUAUUUGCGCCAAUAUAUGCAGUAGUUGGGGGUUUUGGCAUAACAGCUGGUGCUCAUCGUUUGUGGGCACACAGGAGUUAUAAAGCUAAACUACCACUCAGAAUACUACUCGCUAUUCUGUACUGUAUGACCGGCAUGACAUGUCUAACUAGAUGGAUUCGCGUUCAUCGAACUCAUCAUAGGUACACAGAUACAUGUGCGGAUCCGCAUAACUCCAAUCGCGGCUUUUUCUUUUCGCACGUCGGCUGGUUAAUGAUGAAGCAUCAUCCGGCGGUUAAGGAGUACGGAAAAAACGUGGAUUUAAGCGAUCUUGCUGCCGAUCCUGUGAUACGUUUCUUUGACAAGUAUUAUAUACCGAUCAUGGUGUCGCUGUGCUUCGUUCUGCCGUCCGUAAUACCGGUUUAUGUGUGGAACGAAACGUGGUUCAUAAGUAUAGGUGCUGUUAUCUUUCGCUACGCAGUGGCUUUGAACAUGAUUUUUUCCGUCAACAGCUUCGCUCAUAUAUGGGGCAGUCGACCGUAUAACAGAACUCUUAAGCCAGCGGAGAAUCCGACGGUGGCCUUCAUUGCUCUCGGCGAGGGUUGGCACAAUUAUCAUCAUGUCUUCCCGUGGGACUAUAAGGCCUCGGAAUUGGGCUUUGCUCGUCUCAAUCUGACGGCCGGAUUUAUAGAAUUCAUGGCUUGGUUGGGAUUGGCGUAUGAUUUAAAGAUACCGAGCGUCGAAAUCGUCGCGAAAUAUCGCGCGAAUAAAGGCGACGGCACAAUCGAUCUUUCGGGAUGAAACGUGGGGCAGGUAUUUUUAAGAUAUAAGCUGCAAUUAAAUAAUAAAGGAAAAACAGAUGCAGGAACGAGGGUACAUACACUAAACUCAUGUUGCCAAUUUCGCCGUAGAAUGCAAUACGCACAUUAGUAGCAAAUUCACAUUUUCUGCAUGUUAAUUUGUACAAUACUUUGUUUUUUGAGAUUAAAGUGUACAAAGCAACAUAUCAUA